UCAAAAUGUAUUCCAUGUGUCUGCCUACAUUAGUUGCCUCUUGUACAAGGAAUCUGACAAGGUGGAAAAGUUUAGGAAGUUGUGAGUCCGCGUCAGGCUCGAUGACCGUUUGGUGAUGAUGCCCUUGCUGUUCAGGCAUGUGUCCGUCUGCCCUUUUGAAGCACAUCGACAGAAAUGAGUAAAGACUAUGCACGGAUUGAAAUGGACUUGGCUUUUGGAUCAGCCAAGCCCUACGGAUCCUCGAGAAGUAUUGUGAGGAGAAUAGCUACUAGUCUUCCUCUUAAACCUUGCCCCAGGGUUCAUUUUCAGCUUUAUCCGUACACUGAGGAUGCUGGUGUUCUGAUUGGCGCCAGGAGGCAGAACUGUCAGGUGGCCUCACUGGCUGAUAUCGGCUGGAUUGACAGGGAUGAUGAAGAGGAGGAUGAUGAUGAAGACUGCUUUGGCAGACCCAGGUCACGUAUGCCAUUGGGACUCGUGUUUCGAGCCCGCCAGUCUCCACCUCAAAGAAGGCCCUUAACCCGCCAGAGGUCACUGCCCAGCCUGCACCAGGGGGCUCCGGACCCCCAGGGGCCAACAAUCGCCAACGAUGAGGCCAUUCAGAAGAUCAGCGCACUAGAGACAGAACUUGCCAAACUCAGAGCUCAGAUAGCACAAAUCGUACUGGCUCAGGAAAAGAACACACCGCCAGCUGCUAUCACAGGGGCACCUCCUCCUCCCCCUCCACCCUGUGGCACCCUGCCUCCCCCACCACCACCACCACCUCCUCCUCCUCCUCCUCCACCACCACCACCGCCCCCAAGUCUCCAGCGGGCAUUUUCAGCCAUUGAUUUGAUAAAAGAGCGCAGAGGGAAGAAGACAGACAGCCAGACAGUUUUGGAUUCAAGGCCAGCAGAAAUCCCCAACAUGCUCGAUGUCCUGAAGGACAUGAGCAAGGUCAAGUUGCGAUCAGUCAAAAGUCGUCCAGUGGAAGGUGAUGCCAAAGUAAAGUCCAGCGAGCCUGCAGAUGCCGCAACUCUCAUCGCUGAGGCCCUGAAACGCAAGUUUGCCCAUCGUUAUCGACACGACAGUGGACAAGAAGACAAGGACAAUUUCAGACUUCCUGUUCCAGAUGUGAAACCUCGUACCGAAACCCCUUUGUUUGGGCAGCACAUGUUGAAACCAACUGGAAAGAAGAAGCUGCUCUGAACAGGAGAUUCUGAACUCGAAUUCCAGAUGUACUUUGGACAUUUUAAAGUGCCUUAUCAACAUUUUUAAUAUCUGCUGUUUCUGUGGAAGGACACGGGAUUCUGCCUGAACUAGAUGACCGGCUGCUCAGAGUAUCAGUCAUCUCAUAACUGUUGCAUCCAAUGAUCAAUCUGUUCUUGCACUUUUGUAACUUCUGUUUAACAGUCUUGUUUUUUUUUUUUGUCUAACUGAAUGUCUUUUGUUUUUCAGUUGAAGAGUUUAAAUUCAUCACAGUCCUGAGUCAAAGCUUCAGAGGCACACGAGUGCAUGUUACAUGCAACACUACAGAAUGUUUUAAUAUUAUUGGAUUUAUUGCUCAGUCUUUAUUAGGUUUUCGUUAAACUUGUUGCACAUAGCAUAGUUGGUCAGUUUUGCAUUCCCAUUUCUAAGGGGUCCGUGAAAGCUGAAGAGUUAUACCACAGACGUAAGGGAGCACUUUCUUACAUGUGAUAUUUUGAUGUAUUGUUUAUAUACAGCAGGGUCCAGAAGUCUGAAACCACUUUGGACCCCACUGUAUGUAUGGUGAUUUCUAGACUAAUUUUGAUUGGGAUCCAUAUAUUUAUAUUGUGGUUUAAACAGAUGAUUUUGUUUUUUAAACAGUUAAUUAUGUCCUAGUUUCAUCUGUUACUUUUUUUUCUUUGAGUUGAGCCUGUGUAAGUUGUGUCCUAGUAACCAGUCUUGCCACAGCUUGUAUGUCUUUUGCUGGUUCAAAUAUAUGCAUCCCAGUUGUAGUUGACAUAAUUUAUCUCUUUACUGCGAUCUGCUUUUAAGAGCCAAAGACAUUCCAGUGAUGCUCUGUGAUAUUCUGCCUUUAACUGCCAAAUUGUGCUAUUUCAGGACCCUUUUUUAUUUCCCUUGAUGCUUAAAUAGUGAGGAAAAGAUACUAUAACAGUAAAGUUCAUAUGUUUAGGUUAUAGAUGAUACAUGUGAAGUGUUUUGUUUCUUCAUCAGUACCUCUUUUGAUAAGUUUUGCCUCUUAUUGCAAAACACAUCAACCUUUCCCAGAACUUAGAUUCAUAGUUCAACAUCAACGCUAAAGAAAGACAUCACUGUAGUUUACUCAAAUAUUUUUUUGCUUAUUCAAAUAAGAAUCUUGGGUCCUAGGGUACCCACUGUAAUCAGUAUCACAAAGGUAUAAAUCAUGCAUUUAUGCCAGUAAUCAUCAUUUUCAUACCUCAGUUUGGAAAUGGGACACUUACCAUAGGGACUCCUUUGAGUCAUGAGGUUUUUAGGCAGUUUUCUGUGCAGUGACUGAUUGCACCGUUACAAGUUCUGACCACUAUAUAUGUCAGGGUACUUGGUGCUUCAAGUCAGCUCCUACUUUUUAUAAAGGGAAGUUGGACUGGAUAUAUGUCAGUAGAAAUUGAUUGAUUUAAAAUUUAUUAUUCAAAGAGUUGUCUUCCAUGAAAAUGAUUAACUUGAAUUGUCAUCUUUCUAAAUAAAAGUUUAUGGUCUUUCCUGACUUGCUUGUU